UAGUACCAUAAUUGAUAAAUUGAUUUUACCAAAAUUGCAAUUUUUUACAGUGUCCUCCGAAGGGGAAUUGUGUUUGCGCAACAGCUAAGCGAGUUUUGACUACGGCCGGCUAGAGACUAGAGUCUCUGCAAUCUAUUGCUCUUUCUUCUCCGUGCAUUUUGUAGAGAGAAGUACCAAUUAAGCGAGUAGAGAAAUGUCGAAAUUGCCGGAAACUGAAAGCUGUGUGGCUCACGUCCUUUCCUUUACUAGCCCUCCGGAAGCAUGCAGAUUAUCGCUCAUUUCUCGAACGUUCAACGAAGCUUCUAAAUCCGACACCGUUUGGAAUAGGUUCCUACCUGCCGAUUAUCAGUCUAUUGUUUCCCGAUCGUCUGAUUCUUCUCUGCUGUCUUCUCGUCUUCCCAAGAAACACAUAUUUCUCAGCCUAUGCGAUAAUCCAAUCCUCAUCGACGACGGCAAAAUGAGCUUUGCGUUGGACAAAUGGAGUGGGAAGAAAUGCUACAUGAUUUCUGCACGGCAUCUCAUGAUUGUUUGGGGCGAUACUCCUGCUUAUUGGCGGUGGAUUUCUGUACCCGGCUCCAGAUUCACAGAGGUGGCAGAGCUUAAAGCUGUGUGUUGGUUCGAAAUCCGUGGCAAAAUUAACACCUCCAUGCUAUCCCCAAGAACAUUAUAUAAAGCUUAUCUGGUGUUCAAAUUAACAGCAGGCUCUUAUGGUAAUGGAUUCGAAGACCGACCAGUAGAGGGCAUAGUGGGACUUGUUGAGAGCGGAAGCAGCAAGCGUACCAUUUAUUUGGACAAUCGAAUUAGGAGGCAUAAUAUUGAUGAAGCAUCUGUAGCAAGUAGAGAAGACAGUGGAAACUAUCCAAAAAUAAGAGGAGAUAGAUGGCUGGAGAUUGAAUUGGGUGAGUUCUUGAAUGAGGAAGGCGACUCUGGAGAGUUGGAAAUCAGUGUUUUAGAAGUGAAACGUCUUAACUGGAAGCGUGGUCUGAUUGUUGAAGGGAUAGAGAUCAGGCCUGCAAGUGGUAUAUAAAUAAGCCAAUUACUGUUGGUGAUUGCAUGGGGUUAUUGUUGCAUUUUUAUGCAGAUUUCCUUUGUAUAAUUGGUGCUUUCUAUCAGUAAUAUUGAAUCUAGCAUCAAACUUUGGGUAUUGAAUUUUAAAAACUAUUGUUUUUAGCUA